GCCUCGCAGGGAGCAGCCAGAAAUGAAAAGGGGUUUUGAUAUCGAUUCUGAAAGCUUUAAAGAGAAUUCGUCCACAAUGAGACGGUCUUGUUGUCGGAGGCAGAGGUGGAGGCUGCUGCCCGCAGCCGCGGCUCGGCGUGUGCGCGGCACUGCAGCUGGUGACCUUCAUGCUGAGAAGGUGGCUGGAAUCAUUGUCCGGGAGGAGACGUGAGAAGACUUCUCCCUCCCUCCCCCUCCUCUUCCUCUUCGUCCUCCUUGAAGUGGCACAGAAGGAGAGAGCAAGGGAACGUGGGAACGAGGAGAAAUGUUCCAAACUCUGCUGCUGCUGGUCUGCGGCUCGCUCCUCGUCCUGCAUGUGACGCCUCACUUCUUUGGUCACCGCGGGAGGAGAGUCUGCGGUCAGGACCUGAGUCAUACUUACGUCGUCAUGGCAACAGAGUCGUAUGUCCGGCCCGUCCACAAACCAUACAUCACCACGUGUAACGGCCACCGUCUCUGCAGCACCUACAAAACCAUGUACUUGGUGGCGUACCGGCAGGUGAGCAAGGCAGUGCCCUCUCCACAGUUCUACCCCGAGUGUUGCCCGGGAUGGAGGCGAUUCCACUCUGCGAACUGCAACCAAGCUGUGUGUGAUCAAGUGUGUGCGAACGGAGGAACGUGUUUACGACCAAACCAGUGCUCCUGUAGCCCUGGCUGGACGGGCCAGUGCUGUCAGACAGACAUGGACGAGUGUCUGGAGCGGCGGCCCUGCGACCACGAGUGUGUGAACACACCUGGCAGCUUCCGGUGCACGUGCAGAGACGGAUACCGGCUGGACACAGACGGGCGUUCCUGUCUCCCUUCCCCACCAGUGGGUGGCCACACGAAUGCAGGCGGAAGUUUAAACUCGGCGGAGAACAUGACUGAGGAGGUGCAGAGUCUGCGGAACCGAGUGGAACUUCUGGAAAAGAAGCUGCAGCUCGUGUUGACUCCCUUCAGCAGCAUCUUCCCGCUAUCACUGGACGAAGGUGUGUCUGAGAAGACCACGCUACUGUCGCACUCUUUCCAACAACUGGACCGGAUUGACUCGCUGAGUGAGCAGAUCGGCUUCCUGGAGGAACGACUGGGAACCUGUUCGUGCCAGGAAAAUUAGCGCCAAACAAGAUGGCGGACACCCAAACAAGUCAACGUCCGUCCCAGCGGAUUCACUCCGACGUUCAUUACUGGCCAAGAAUGAUGACAUCAUCAAAUGUGAAGCCGACUUUUGCUUUCCUAUUUCUAAAUCAGUGCAGCUGUGACCUCUGACCCCCCCAAACUGUAGUCAGGGGGUCGUGUAUUUAUAUUUAAAUUAUGAUUUCAUGUAGUUACAUCUCAGUGUUCGAGUCCUUUUAACUUUUGUAAUCUGGUUUUGUACCUUUUGUAAUAAAAAAAAUUAAAAAACAUCGCGUACUUCUUCA